AUGUCCGCGGAUCAGACAUCUCUGGUGAGUGGAGCCCAAGGACUCCUCCAAGGACAGCGCGCUAAGUCUUACGGCAGCUUGGUGAACGCCUCUGUAUCACCAGUCCGACAAAAACCAAUUCAACACAAAGUCCAACCUGGAGAAACUUUACAAGGAUUGUCACUAAAAUAUGGCGUGUCUAUGGAGCAAAUCAAACGGGCAAACAGACUGUACACCAACGAUUCAAUAUUCCUGAAGAAAGUCCUCUCCAUCCCUAUCCUAACAGAGUCACUGUCAUCUACUAAUGAAGAGGAAUCAAGUCUCCAAUAUCACCAGGUCCCUGUUGAGAACGGCCAAACAGUCUCAGAUAGUCAAGAAGUGACUGCAGAUAUUUCUCCAUCAGAUUAUUUGAAAAGGAUGGACAGCUUGAUUAAUCAGUCGAAACAAGCGGCUAUAAAGACAUUUCAGGAAGGACAGAAACAGUUUUCUUCAACAGAACAAGACCUGUACAGACGUCAGGAGCCCUACGGCUCUUCUCCGAGUGAGCAGGCCUUGUUGGGCUCUGUGCCACUCACCAUCACCAAACGUACCAAGAAACUGAGGGACAGAGAAGAUGAGAUUUUUCAGCUCUGAUGCUGGCUUUUUAACAGGACUACAUGCUUAGUGUGAAGUGUUUACGUCCACAGCAACAAAUGAAAAACGAAGGUUGCAUAGGUGAGGGACAGAUUUCACAGAAAAAAGCACUGCUUAUUUACUCAGAGUGCAAGGAUCUGAGAUCAAUAGAUGAAUGAUGUGUUGUGGAAUUGAUGUGCACUGCCAUCUGACUGACUGUGAUAAUAUUGCCCCAGUGUCAUGUGCCAUGUUGGCAUCCUAGCUUUAUUGUUUACAGACGAAAAAUGAUCACUGGUUGUGUCAUUGGGUUUAGAAUCAGAGUUUACAAGGUUGCGGCAAAUCAGUAAUGUGAUUCAAAUCAGAAUUGAAAAUUUCUUUAGAAAUCAUGGAAAUAUAAGCUAUUUAUUUAAUCUGUAAAUUUUUAAUGUCUAAGCCAAGUUUGAAAUAAUCUCUCAUGGACACUUUAGAGCUUUACCUUAAGCACAUGUGUGUUCUCAUGUUGUAUGUUAUAUUGCAUAAUUUGAUUAGGUCACAAAGCUGCUACACUGUUAGGGGGUUAUUUCAAUAAGCAGGAUUGCUCAGUUAGCCAAGUUUAAGCCAAAAGGAAAAUUAGUCAGUAGCACACCCAGUGAGUAAUCCUGUCUGAAACACCCCAUUAAUCAUCACUGAUGACAUAACCAAACAGCCUCAAUAUUUUUGCCUUUUUUGUCACUGUGAAACAGAACUGAUUUGUGUUGGUUGGUAUUAUUCACUGGCAUUCAUGUUCGUCAGGGUCAUCGGCAUUUUACUGCUGAUUUAAAAAAAACAACAACUUUAUAGUUGUUAUACUAUAUCUAGAGUGAUCAUGAACAACAGUGCUAAAUGCUCAGUUGGUGUCAGUGUAUUGUGUGUGUUCUAGGGGUAUAACAGAGUGGCACCUCUGUAUAUGUUUAGUAUGCCAAAAUAUCCAUAUCUGUAUUUGAAUUUAAACCUAAAGUGAAUGUGGCCUAAAUUUGAUAGUUUUUUAUUAUUAUUAUUAUUAUUAUUAUUAUUAUUAUUAUUAUUAUUAUUUUAUUAUUAAUUUGAGUAAUUAUUAAAAUAGGAACCCUAUUCCAGUUCCCACAGAAACACUUGAAAAAUCUCAGAAGUAGAAAUGCCAGCAUUAUCUGUGAAUUCUGUUUUUAACGUAAUUUGCACAGUUAUGAUGUUGUGCAGUAUUUUUUUGCCUAAUUUAAACCAUUAUUACCCUGAACAGACAAUUAAUAAGGACUCAUCAUUUUCUUGUUCAUGAAUGUGAUUUUUUUUAGCUUCAUCUUACUGCUCACUCUCACCCACUGGAAAGUAAUAAUAACAAAAUAGUAUCCUGACACACACUAAUUUUGACCUAAUGCCCUGUGAAUCUUUCUGGCAAAAGCAAAAGAAUAGUGUGCCUCUUAUUUGUAUUUGAAUUUGUGUCCAGCAUAAACACAUGAUCUAUUUAAACAAUGGAGAUGUGUAUUCACUUACAUCCCUAGUUUGUACUAUGCAAGCUGAUGACCCACUGACUGCCAGAGGGAAUCACUCGGCCAAUAUUCUGUCUAGUUUGGGCAUACUGCAUACUAUGCAGUGACAAAUCAACAACUGAGGAAGAAUAAAUACUCUGUUGUAUGCCAUUGUGUGAA